CAGAAAGGGCAAAUAUUCCUGACGCUCUGCUAAUCAAAUUCAAAAUUCUAGGGUUUCGAUGAGAGCGUCGAGACCGAGUCGGCCGCUUAAUCGGGUCAAUGGUUACAUGAUGGAAAACAUGGACAUUGACAUGGUUAUCGAUAUACCUGAUACUCCUGACAGAGUAUCACGACGUGGUUCUUUAAGCAGGGAGGACAAUAGAAGAGAGAAUGCUGCAGCAGCAGUGGAUCGCCCAAGAGAAAUUCAUUCUAUCGAUAAAGAUUAUCGAAAUUACCUUAAUGGUAUGGGUAGGAUGGUUCCUGGAAUUGGGAAGAACCCAAAACAUCAUUCAGAAUCCCAGAAAUAUCGUGACACACAAACUGAUAACAGAAAUGGUACACAUUCUUCACAAAACACCUCCCUGUUUAGGAGGACAACAAUGGGGAAGGAUAAAGGGAAAUCUGUCUGUACCAAUUUUCGUGCGACUUCAUCAGCAUCCAUGCAGAAGAAUCCGGUUUUAAAUCUAAAUCAACGUAAAGGACGUGCCCAUGUUGUUGAAAUGGCUGCACCAAAACGUUUACAAUCUGAAGGUAUCCCAACCAGUAGCGGUUUUCCUGAACAAGGCCCCCAGAAUUCUUUUAAGGCGGUUGGUAUGAACAAUAAAGGGAAAGAAAAGAUAGACUUUUCAAGUGAUCCUCAGGAUAAAAAGGAGGAUUAUGCUGUUUCAUCUACUCGGUCUAUCAUAAGUGCCUUUGGGCAUAGAAGACUGGUAAGAAACGGCUGCAUAUCUCCACAUGCUAUAACAACUAAAGCUAAACAAGCUGUUGAACAGCUGACCAGUCCCAAUGGUGACAUUAGUGAUCAAAAUGGUGGAGAGAAAACGGCUUCUGGUGAUCUAUCAUCAAUUGACAUUAGAGAGAUUGUUGCUGAAGAUGAUAUUCGUAGCAGAGCUAAAGGGAAAAGAGUGAUUGGUCACAGCCAAACAUCGAAAGAUGAUGGUGCAAAGUUUGUGGAUUUACCAACCAGUAUCAAUGGAGAGAGCAUGGGGAGUAGGUCUCAGAACCGGUUAAAGGCAAUGGGUUCUUCUCAUCCCAGUGUUAGACAUAAUAUUGACCGACAUCAUGAAACCGGCAGGAGGGGUGAGAAUGACUCGCGGGGAAAUUUGAAGUCUGUCUCUAGGGUUGAAGAACACGAAAUCUGUGCGCUUGACCGGGAAGCCAAUAAACGGUUACGGAGGAAUGGAUCUACUUCGGCAGUUUUCGAUGAGCAUGGGGUUUCAAUUGUUGGAACUUCUAGGGAAGCUUCCAGAUCAAGGCCAGCAAGAAUCAAGAACCAUCAGAGGAGAGACAUGCAAAAUCCGGUUUUAGAAGUCGAUGAAUCUUCUCCUGAAGUACGGGUCAGUUGCUGUCAGGGUACUAGACGUGUUGAAAAUGAUGAAUCGAAUGUAAGGGCAAGACAGAUCGAAGCAGAUGAGAGAUUGGCACGUGAACUCCAAGAACAGCUGUACCAGGAAGCCCAAGUCUUUGGAGAUGAAGAGAUUAAUGAAAACAUAGCAUGGAUGCUGCAAGAGCAGGAGAAUACAGUUCGUGCUUUUCCGACUCGUGAUCCCCGGAGGUCUAAUCCUGCUUCUUCAGUGGCACAUGGGAGAAGUCGAUUAAGGACAAGAUUUCAGCAGAGUUCUUCGAGCAGGGGACGUAAUAUCCCGCAGCCUCGCGCUUCUGGCAGGGCGACAAGAGCAAGGGGUCACCGUUUAGGCUCUUCACCUGCUGCAUUGUCUCGAGCUCUUAAUUUCCGGUUCCCAAGUGAAAUGGCCCUAGAAUCGAGAUUGGAUAUCUUGGAGGAACUAGAGACUGUUAUUGGUCAAUUCGGCAGCUCCAUGAACAGUGGCCUGCUUCAGCACGAUCGUGAUUUCAAUGAAGAUGAUUAUGAACUCCUGUUAGGCCUCGAUGAGGACAACCAUAGAGACCGACGUGCUGGUACUUCUGCCAGUCAGAUUAACAGCUUGCCACAGUCGACAGUACAAAACGAUAACUUUGAAGAGACUUGUGUUAUCUGUCUUGACACCCCGAAGACUGGAGAUGUCAUACGCCAUCUCCCUUGCUUGCACAAGUUCCACAAAGAUUGCAUCGAUCCGUGGCUCGAGAGGAGCAAGUCUUGCCCCGUUUGCAAGUCCUCUGUGACUUGAUAGUGUCUGCCAUUGCCAUUGCCUCUUAGCUUGGAGCCGCAGAAGGGUGAGCCCGCCAGCAAAAAGGCUUUUUUUCUUUCUUGAAGGGCAAGGCUUGUUUGCUCGGUUCCGACCGGAUUUGUUGUGAAUUACUAUUUUACCCCUGCCGCCGGGGAUGUUAGCCGGUGUGAAUCUCUCUCCUCGGUUUUCAGCCCUUCCUCGUUUAAAGAAGUGAGGUAGCCUUGAAGACUGACGGGUUCAUUCCCUCUGCUAUGUGGUUCGGUGAUUCUAUCAAGUAUUUUUUUCUAUAUAAAUAUCCAUUUUUUGUUAA